ACGGCGUAGCUCAUGGAUUCUGCCUUCUUCCUAAAGGGGCAGUUGCGUCACUUCAUCGUUCCGACCGCCGGCACCAUUGUUAUUUUACGGAGCAUCCGCCCGCCCUUCCGAAAUCCGUAUCUUUAUCCUAAUUCCCUUCUCCUUUCGGCGCCUCAAGGCGAAGCAACGAAGCCAACCGCCAGACAGCAACGGCCAUUGGUCCAUCUCGAAUCGAUUCCACUGCAUGCCCCCUUCCUCUUCUUCUCCUAGAAAGCCCGCAUCUUCCCGUGAAAUCCCUGCUCGGGUCGCCGUCUCCGGACUGGGUGGUGUCGUGGAGUUUGGGUGAUGGGGUCGUGGAUUUCGAGCAUCGUGCGGCCGGAAGAGGAGGCCGGCGGGCUCGGAGACCUGCCGGAGAGCUGCGUCGCGGAGGUGCUGCUCUACCUCGACCCUCUGGAGAUAUGCCGUGCGGCGCGUCUCAGCCGCGCAUUCCGCGGGGCGGCGUCGGCGGACUUCGUGUGGGAGACGAAGCUGCCGAAGAACUACGAGUAUUUGAUGGGAUUGGCCUCGGGCGAGAGGCGCCCGGGGAAAGAGACGAGUCUCUGCAAGAAGGAGAUCUAUGCGCGUCUUUGCCGGCCGAACCCCUUCGACGGAGGCACCAAGGAAUUCUGGCUGGAGAAGAGUAGUGGUGGAAUUUGCUUGUCCAUUUCCUCAAAGGCAUUGCUAAUCACAGGAAUCGAUGACAGGAGAUACUGGAAAUACCUCCCUACCGAUGAAUCUAGGUUUGGCAUGGUCGCAUAUCUUCAGCAAGUGUGGUGGUUUGAGGUAAAUGGAGGAAUCGAUUUCUGCUUCCCAGCCGGUACCUACAGCCUAUUCGUCCGACUCCACCUGGGUCGAGCUUCCAAGCGUUUUGGUCAUCGGAUUUGUAGCUCCGAGCACGUCCAUGGGUGGGACAGGAAACCAGUGCAGUUCCAGCUCUCAACAUCGAACGGACACCGGAUUCUGUCCCAGUGCUACUUAAACAAACCGGGGAGUUGGAUUCUUUACCAUGCAGGAGAUUUUGUGGUAGACAAUUGCAAUGCGCCAACCACAUUGAGGUUUUCGAUGACACAAAUCGAUUGCACGCACACGAAAGGUGGCCUUUGCGUCGACUCUGUUUUGAUAUAUCCCAAGGGUUUUAGACAGAGAAAGGUGUCUAGCACCAGCAUGUAACAUUGUAGUAUUAAUGGCUAUCCCAAUUGGAAUGAGAUGUAUAUAAACUCUUUUUGUUCCCAUCAAUUUUGAGUAUGGAAUUGAAGA